AUGGCCUGGAAAGAGGCAUUCGAGCUUUCUCCUUCCGAAGUUAGAGCCGCGACCCCUCCUGGGACCGUCAUUUUGCUUGAUGUGGGCGUAGCGGGAACCUCAAGCAAUGGCCUGGUCAGACAGCCUCAACCUUCUUCUGAUCCCCGAGAUCCGCUCAACUUUCCUUUCUGGAGAAAGUUAGUAGCACUUUUCAUGGUGUCGUUCUAUGCAUUCGUUGCAAACUUCACCAGCUCAGUCAUUGCUCCUGCGUUGCAAUUAUGGAACUUCACGUUUCCUCACGAUCCGAAAUCUUAUUCCGAGCUAUCCACACUGGUUGCAGUACGAUGUCCCCCAAACUACAACAAGAGCUUUGCCGAAACUGAUACAUGA